AUGGCUUCAGACUCAUGUUCAGCACCCUCGAAAAUGAGCGAUGGGAAAAAUUUUGUGACGUCCCCCAACCAAUAUUUUGUAUAUCAGUGUUCGCAGGGCCGGGCAGCAUGGCAGGAGCGCGAGCGAGGGAGACGCUGUUCGCUCUCCGAGGAAGCGCGGCAACACCGCAUCAAGCAGACGGAGGCCCACCACCGAUGGAUGAAGAGGAACAGAAUCCACGACUCCACCUACGGAGGGGGCUCCGACGACGAGGACUUCUUCAGCGUGUACCACCAGAGCGCGGCCGCCAACGCCCUCCUGUACGUCGGCCUUGGCACCACCGCGAUCGGUAGUGUCAUCUUCUUCGUCGGCACCGGCGAGAAGGGCUUCAAGACCCUAGAACUGCGGCUUAUAGGGCCUACCCUCAUAGCGUGCGGCCUACUGUGUUGCCUAAUUCGUGUCUUGUUGUGCGCUUGUCCCUCCACCUGCUUCAGGAGGAGGAAAAAGACCCGGCUCAAAAACAACGCCUGCCCCCAUAGCUCCAGUAGGUACCCCCUAGCACCGAAGUAUCGAGACGCACGUGACUCCGAUUUCGUCCAGGUGGACAAGACCGCGUUGUUGAGCAAGCACAAGAAGAAGGUGUCCAUUGUUCCGCCGAAUCAUUCCCUUCCGAGCACCAGCACCACAGAAUUCAAGGACCUGCCCCAGGCAACGCUCCACCACGAGGAGGAGAGGGACAAAAGGAUGCCCAUACCCCAGAUCCAGCUGCCGGAGCUGCCCAGUUUCAGCAGCGACGACGGGGGCAACAAGUUGUCGCGCGAGGACUCGAUCAUAGAACUGCAGACUCUGGACUUGACGUACGACAUACAGAGUGUUUCGAGUAACGACAGUGACAGCAUAACGGUGAUCGAGACGGAGAAAAUCACCACAUCGAACGACAAUAUAGAGACCUGUUUGAGUGUAGUUAUCGAGAGAAAUGAUAACAGUGAGAGCAGUGACGGCACCAGUGGGGACAAGAAGGAGGGGGGUAGUGAGAAACAGACACACAGCGGUAUUGUACUGAGUCCGUUGCAAUUGGGACAAUAACUCAUUGUUUUAGAUUAGACGAAUGCUGCACUGGUUUUGACAAUUGGUUAAUUUUCAAUAUACGGUCUUCCCCUUAAACAUAAGUUUACAUGUUUAAAAUUU